GGCGCUACUGUGGCUUUGAAAUACCACAUCCAGUGACGUCCUUCAGCAACUCUUUGGUGAUCAAUUUCAUCUCUGAUUACUCUGUCUCCAAGAAAGGGUUUAGAGCUGUCUAUUCUGCCUCCACCUCCAGUUGUGGCGGGGAUCUGGUGAUGCAGAGUGGUGCAUUUAACAGCCCUAACUAUCCAGAUGCUUAUCCUCCAAACAUGGAAUGUGUUUGGACACUUAGGAGCUCACCAGGGAACCGUAUACAGAUCUCAUUUAUUAUGUUUCACCUUCAAGGAGACUCAGACUGUCAAAAUGACUACCUGGAAAUCCGAGAAGGCAGUUCAGCUGGAUCUCUUGUUGGUCGUUUCUGUGGAGCCUCGCUGCCCUCCAACUACACAUCUGUGACUGGUCACAUCCUGUGGGUUAAAUUUGUCUCGGAUGGAUCAGUUAGUGGGGCCGGAUUUAGAGUCACCUUCUCGCACUUGUACGGGGUUGAUUUGGUGGGAGAAUCGGGUCAGAUUGCAUCGCCACUGUUUCCCAGGACAUAUCCCAAUAAUGCCAAUUACAGAUGGACCAUAACAGUGGAAGGGGACAGCUACAUUCAGAUCAGCUUUUUGGACAUGGACAUAGAGGACCUCUAUAACUGCUACUAUGACCAAUUAAAAAUAUUUGAUGGUCCAGAUGUUUAUUCCUACCCUCUCGGAACAUUCUGUGGUCUGAACUUACCAACUCCACUUAGAAGUUCAGGAAGCACUGUCACCUUGCACUUCAAAUCAGAUUCAGUAGUGGGAGGACGAGGCUUCCUUGUGGACUGGACAGCUGUGAAAGACUCUGGACCACCACCUACUAUUACACCAGGGGCUUGCGGUGGACUUCUUCUAAUUGGAAAUUCUCCUGGUUUCCUCUUUUCCCCUGGAUGGCCUGAAAACUAUCCUCCUAACCAAGACUGUACCUGGCUCAUUCGGGCUCCAGAUUCCAUCAUAGAAUUUAAUUUCUUGUCUCUGGACAUGGAGGGAUAUCCACCCUGCUACUCUGACAGCCUGAUCAUCAGAGAUG